UUUGUAAAAAGAACGACAACAUGAAGUACACCAUUCUUUUCUUGGCUGUCUGCCUAGUCUGCGUAAAUGCUUUGGUAGUGCCCUUUUCCAACGAGGAUGCCUCGCAGGAUCUGGUCGAUAUUACCGAUGGCAAUGUAGAGGACUUCCGCCUGUUCAACUCUGCCUACAGGAUCUUAAAGGUCACCCUGCGUAGCCUCAAGGGAUUCAAUUGCAUUAUCAAGUGGGUGGAGGGCAUUAAGGCCAGUGCUUUCCAGUUCAACGCGAGCGUGGUCUCCUGUGGCGUUACCGCCAGCAAGGAUGUGACCAACCUGAUCAACGCCAAUGCCCAGAUCAUUAGCACCUGCGACGACAUCAUCAAUCUGAAGUCGAAGACUUGCGCCCUGGUGGAAGGCGAAGAGCCCAAGAUUACCAACAGUUGCUUCUCCAAGACCCUGGCCAAGGUCUGGACCCUGAGGAAGCAAGUUAAGAAGGCCGUCGCACUGGCCAAGAAGAUCCCACAAACCGGACCAAACGCCGCCGUCUGCGUAAACGAUGCACUCAACACCCUGAUCGCCUACUACACCGAAUUCCCCCAGAACAUGAUCAACUGCUCCAAGCUCACCUCUUAGAGGGUUUACUAUCCAAAACCCAUUUAAGCAUACAAUAAAAAAUUCGUGGCGAAUACAACUUUA